CCUCCUUUCAGUCUGUGAGGAGGAUGAAGCUGGGAAUCUAAACAGGGCGUCUGGAGCCUGCAGAGUUCCCUCUGAGCCAUUCACCAGAUCGUCCCCAUCAGCACCGUCUUUCGUCCCUCUGACCAUGAAGCUCUGGGUUGUUCUUAGCCUGGCACUGCUCUGGACAGAGCUCCAGGAUGGUGUCUGCCAGCAGCUCAAGAGGAGAAAAGACGUAGGUGAGAACCGCAUCCGGCCGGGUGGGAAGCGGGUGAAGAUGCGCAACCCUAAAGUAAAGGACGUAGGAGUCAAAGGCCAGUCCCUGCUGACCCAGGUGCUGGACAAAGGCCGCUUCCUGCGCCUGGGCCCGACCACGACCCAGAACCCGGGGAGGAGCAUGGAGCUGCGCUGCAAAGGCACCAACAUCGGAUGGUCCUACCCGACCUACCUGGACACCUACAACGACUCCCGCCUCAGCAUCAAGCAAAGUGACAAGUACAGCCAGCUGAUCCUGACGUCGCCCUCUGCUGCUGACACUGGGUCCUACAGCUGCUGGGUGAUCGUGUGCGAUGGGACCGAGUGUGAGAGGGACCACGAUCGCACUUACUCCUCAUACAUCUAUUUCACAGACAAAGACAACCUCUUCGUCCCGUCGGCCAUCCACGUCGAGAUCGUGUACCUGCGCCCGGACAGCCCCGCGGUGGUGCCCUGCCGCGUGACCAAUCCGCAGGCCAAGACGUCUCUGCACAGGGAGGUCCCUCCGGAGGAGAUCCCGGCGAACAGGACUCUGAUGACCUACGACCCCACCAAGGGCUUCGUUCUGCUGAGUCCCCGUUCAGAUCUCCAGGGAGUCUUCUACUGCAAGGCCGUGACCAAGGGCAACCCCCAGAUCUCCACCAAGUACCAGCUGCUUUACGUGGAGGUUCCCAGUGGACCACCGUUCGUGAGCCUCGAGGCCGUUCCAAACUCUGCAAGUGGGGGGGACAACGUCAACGUGACAUGCACCGUGCUGGGAGAACCAGAGGUGGACGUGAGCUUCACCUGGUCUUAUCCUGGUCAGGGCCACCACCGCCCGGUUCACAUCCAAACCUCCUGGAGGCUGGUUAACAGAGGCAUGGGUCACACCACGCGGGUCACACAGAGCGUCAUGACCGUGGAGGACAUGGAGACCAUCGACUUUGGAAACUAUGUGUGCAAAGUGAAGAACCCGCAGGGUGAGACCAUCGUGACGACACGCGUCGUCUCCAAAUAGCCAGUGGAGGUCUGUGCUAUGACAUAAUGGUGAUGUGAGACAGACCAGCAUGUGUAUAUAUACAUAAAUGUUUUUUUUAGACUGACUACAAUAAAAGAUUUGCCAAGUG